AUGUCCAGUUGCAAAGGGGGUAAGAAGAAGCCCAAGAAGCAGGCCAAGGAGACGGAUGAGGAAGAUAAGGCAUUCAAGCAGAAACAGAAAGAGGAGCAGAAGAAACUCGGGGAGUUAAAAGCGAAGGCCUCAGGGAAGGGCCCCCAUGUCACAGGUGGAAUUAAGAAAUCUGGCAAAAAGUAA